AUGACCGGGCAUGGCCAGAUAGUGGCCCUAACGAAAGCUACAUUAUCGGUUUUGUUGCCAUUCAACUAUCGUACUCUGCAUUGUGUGUUUUUCAUGACAACCUCUGUCAUUUGCGGGGCCAUCGUCUGGGCCACCAGUCGCAGCAGUCGCCCCGUACCGUAUGUUGAUUCCUUAUUCCUCUGCAUAAGCGCCCUGGCCGGUGCCGGAUUGAGAACUGUCGAGUUGUCAACCCUCAGACCCUUCCAGCAAUCGGUCAUAUUUACGUUGUUGGUCAUUGGGCAUAGAGUCUUACUCUCACUCAGUGUACCCCUAACAAGAUGGCUGUUCCUUGACGAAAAGCUCAGGCAUAUUGACAAAAUGAUCAGGCGUGCUGACCCAAGCACGGCCCGUAUUCUGACUAGUAGCAGUGUCAAUAUGAGAAAAGGAAACAAGAGCCCAACUGAAGCCCUCACGCCUGACCAGGACAAUGCCGACUUGAAUGGUGAAGAUAAGAUACAGUGGGUUGAUGACGACAAUAAUCAAUUUAGCCACCUAUCGAGACGGAAGACCCAACACCACCACCAACAUCGAGUUUUUCCAAUGGUCGGGGUUGGUGCCCGCUUGGAUCUUGAAAAUCAUCCCCGUGAUGGUCCAUCGCGUCUACCAAACACGGACGACGCGGGAGACGAACAGCCAACGAUGCGAACUCUUGUCCGGGAAAUAUGGAAAUAUGCUGCCUCAAAAUACUUAGACUCACGAAAUUCACGAUUCCACGGACUGACACCGGAAGAGCGAGAAAGGCUUGGUGGGGUGGAAUAUCUCGCUUUAAAAUUUUUGAUUAUGCUCAUCAUUGUGUACUGGUUGACUUGCCUGUCCUUUGGCAUUUUGGCGGUAGGGUAUUGGAUAAAGGCAUACCAUCCCGGUUUGGCGGCCUCGAAUAAUGGAGCCUCGCCUUUCUGGAUGGGAGCGUUUCUGGCCGUAUCUGCCUUUGUCAAUAACGGGAUGUCCUUGCUAGAUAACAGCAUGGUCCCAUUUCGAGAAAGUACAUAUCUUCUGCUGGUCCUGGGUUUACUUAUCUUGGCGGGUAAUACCCUCUACCCCUGUUUAUUGCGGUUUAUUAUCUGGAGUAUCCGAAAGAUGCUGCCCGCUAGGCCCUCAUGGGUAAAGUGGGUGGUCACCCUCGACUUCAUUCUGGAUCAUCCUAGAAGGCUCUACACCCAUAUCUUUCCUUCCCGGCACUCGUGGUACCUGCUGGCGACAGUUAUCGUUUUGAAUGGGGUUCAAUGGAUCUCCUUCGAGACGUUGUCUCUCAGGAACAAAGAGGUGCAAAGGAUCCCUCUAAGAUUCCGCAUCCUCGACGGUCUGUUCCAAAGCGUAAGUAAUCGCUUCGGGGGCUUCCAUCUCGUCUCCAUCGGAGGCCUCUCACAAGGUCUUCUGAUCCUUUAUGGGCUUAUGAUGCUUAUCCCUCCGCAUCCGGUCUUAAUUACGAUGCGCAACACAAACGUCUACGAAGAGAGAUCGGUUGCCAUCUACGAUGAAGACGACCGUCCGGAUUUCAUACCCAGCAUUCCGUACAGAUUCCCCUCUAAUUGCUUUACGCAAAGCCUUGUUCACACCGCCCCAAUCCAAUCCCUUAGAGUCGAGUCCUCCCGUACCAACUGGACGCGGCUACAACUCAGCCAUCAGUUCGGCUCCGAUCUAAUGUGGAUCGCGCUAGGAACCCUCGCUAUUUCCAUAGCCGAGCAUGACCAUUACACUCAAGAUCCGGUCACAUUUUCGACGGUCAACAUCUUGUUUGAGGUCCUCUCCGGGUAUGCUGGGUCCGGACUUAGCGUUGGCGGCCCCGUGGGACGACAGUUCUCCUUGUGUGGUUCUUGGCAUCCAAUCAGCAAGGUGAUUUUGUGUAUAUUAAUACUUAAGGGACGUCAUCAUGACCUGCCCCGUGCAAUUGACAGACUAUCCAUGCUUCCCAGUGAAAGUUUAGCGUGGGCUGAGGAAGAAGAUGCGGCCUUGAGGCGGGAAGAUGCCUGA